GAAGGGCUCGUAAUUUUGAACAGAUGGAGAAGUGACGACGCAAAGUAUUAACAUUAAAUGCUUUCGUGUAGGGAAAUAAGUUCACAAUGGUCGCGUUUUAUCAUUCGCUGAAUUGAAUUGACGCAUUCUGGUAGUUUUGGGAUAAACAUGAGUUCGCAUAUCAUCACUCCUGGGCCGUACCGAGCUACGAAGUUGUGGAAUGAGGUGACCCGUCUGUUCCGGGCCGGUAUGCCCGUCAAGAAGCACCGGCAGAGCUUAAGGAAUCACUCCUCCUGCUUCACGGCCUCUGCGGCUGUAGAAUGGCUGCAUCAGUUGCUCUGUAGCAACAGCAACUUCGGCCCUGAUGUCACCAGGCAGCAGACAGUCCAGCUGCUCAAGAAGUUUCUGAAGAACCAUGUAAUAGAAGAUGUGAAGGGCCGCUUUGGAACGGAGGAUCUGGAGGACAACAACACGCUUUACAGAUUUCCAUACACCUCUCCGCUGAAGCCUAUCCCUUGUCCAGCUGCGCCCUCUGCUUCCAAAAAUGUGAAGAAAAGGCCCUCACUCAGAGACAAAGACAGUUUCUUCAGGUUUAAAAGUGUUAAGAAAAAUGAGGAUACAGAGGCAACUGUCAAUCCUGAUCAUCACUCCGAGGAAGGAAAAAAAGAGCAGCGGGUACACCGACGAGAGCUAACCGGUGAAGAUGAACGUAAUAUCUGGAGAGACACUACUCUGACCCACCUCCAGAAGAUUCUUGGUGUCCCAUCUCUGGAGGAAGUUUUAGACCACCGUUGCAUAAACCCUCAACACAUCAUUCAUAACAUGACUAAAGUCAAUAAGCAUGGGGUGGUAACUCUGGAUGACAAAACUGAUGACCUUCCUCAUUGGGUUCUGUCCGCCAUGAAGAGCCUGGCUAACUGGCCAAAGUAUGAUAGUGCACAGCCAUCCUAUCCAGGUUUUGAAAGGGAUGUCUUCAAAACGGUGUCUGAUUACUUCUACAGCCUACCACAGCCAUUACUCACAUACGAACUAUAUGAACUGUUUAUCAAUGUGCUGGUGUAUUGUGGGUACGUUGCAGCACCCACUGCGCACACCCGCGGCAAACGAAAGAAGCACGACCUUCCGUCAGCGCCCCCUCCCGCCAAGACAUCAUUUCGCUCCACAGAAUGUCUCCUCCUGUCUCUGCUCAGACAGGGAAGUUGUGAUGAGACCGAGUCGCCGAUGAGGGAAGUGCUUAGUGGGAAAGUCCAGUCCAAAUUGGCUGUGCUGAGUGGAAACCGUGUUAGUGCAGACAAUGGUCAGUUAGGAAGCAGCUGCAUGAACCUGAGCACUGCUGGAUCCUUGAGGCAGCAAACCAGGAGCUGCUCACUGGAAACAAUCCUUGAUGACUCAACCUCUCUGACAAGGCAACCAAUGUUUUUGUCCAAUGAUAGCUUGGCAUCUUCCAAGAGGAGCCAAGAUAACGACCUUUGGGCACCUCUCAGUUAUUCAGGAUUUACUUCUGCAACAACAACUAUUCCAUCGCUAAGUGCUCCACAAACCUCCAACAGACACUCCAUAGAUUCUGCUGCAACGCGGUUAGCAAAACCGAGGAUGUAUAAAUUGCGACCACGGAGUGUGGGCAGCUGUUUGGACAUAGUUGUAGAGACCAAUGAAGAAGACAUUAAAGAGAUGAGGUGGAAAGGCCGUGCUGCAAGCUGCCUAAAUGUAAACACCUCCGGGGAACAGCAUCACUCCCUUGUAACUCCACACCUUCCCUCGGCAUGCACCAAGCCACUCUCCGGCUUUCCUUCUUCUCCUGCAACCAAAGCACACUCGCCUCACGCUAUUGCAGAACCUAGUAAGCCCCGACUGGCUUCCAGCACGUCCAGUCUUUGGACCUUGCCGCCACCUGCUGUUGUUCGCCGUUGCCUCAGCUCUCUGGAUGUGUCCAAGCGGCCUCGACUCACUUCACUGCAUAAACAGUCUGCUUGUGUGCCCACUGCCAGCACGCAGCCCCCUCUACCGAAAUCUGAACACAGCCUACUCCAGCCUCAAAACGAGCGCGUGGCCAUCGAGGCCCUACAGCUGUGCACCCUCCUCCUGCCCCCGGCAUCUCGUAGGAAGUUGCAGCUCCUAAUGAGGAUGAUGUCUCGCAUCAGCCAGAACGUGGACAUGCCCCGCCUGCACCCUGCCAUCGGCACCCGGACCUUGAUGGUGCACUCGUUUUCAAGCUGUGUUCUUGGCAGUGCUGAGGAGUGCGAUUUGGACGAGCUGUUGGCCACUAGGCUAGUUUUUUUCCUUAUGGAUCAUCAGCAAAGCAUCCUGUCAGUUCCAGAUUAUCUACUCACAGCCAUCCAUGACCAUGUGCAGUACCUGCGCACAGCUCAGAUCCCAGUAGACAACGCCGUUGUUGAUGGUGGCAACGCAGUGUGCCCUCCGCUGCCUUUGUUUACGUUCUGUCGUCAGAUCAGCGGUGCAGAGUUUGAGCAGCAAAGGUUAGCAUCUUCCCAGAAGGCCAUGGAGGAGUUACUGGAGAUGCUGGUGACGGACCAAAACAUGACUGAGAAGGACAGACGCAAAAAGUUGAAGCAGUUUCAGAAACAGUACCCUGACAUCUAUGCUCAGCGGUUCCCCCCCAGAGAGAAGGCAAGUAAGACUGACAACAUGCCAAAGAUUAAAGCUCCACUGCUCAGUAUCAGGAAGACCAAAGUUUUCAGUAUCAGGAACUAAACCGGCGACGGGUCUCACUGUUGCUGACAUUCAGCCUCCAGCUAAGUACGCUGCACUAUAACUGCACUCUCACACUGUUACCUUGGAAACCAUUAUCACUGUUUGUGCAACUCAGCUGGGAUAUUUUAGGCAGGUUUUAGUUAGGUGUCCACUUGUGUGUGUGCCAGUUGUACCUUUUUGGGAAAUUUGAAUUUUUGAGUUACCGGUACAUAAAUUAUGGCAGUAGCUUGAUAUCAAUGGCUUGAAAAGCAAUUACGCUUAUGUUUUGAUUUACUAUUCAUUUUCACACGGGUGAAUUUUUAUUCAAAAUGUUCAGUGCUUGCGUGUACAGUAUACGUGUGUUAAGUUUUCCAGAUUGUUUAAGCUUUAUGUCGUUUAAAGUCAGCUCGAAUGGCAUCUUAGUUUAUUGGCUAUUGUGUAGUAUUGUUUUGCACUGGGUUUAGAACUUUGCAGCAAGCAUAAUUCAAUGAUGUUUUAUUUAUACGAAAGGUAUACUCGUAACAUAACAGACUCCUUUUCAGAAGGGUUUUUAUUAGACACCUGUAUUUGUUUAGAGCAGGGGUCGGCAACCCAAAAUGUUGAAAGAGCCAUAAUGGACCAAAAAUACAAAAACAAAUCUGUCUGGAGCCGCAAAAAAUUAAAAGCCAUAUUACAUACAGAUAGUGUGUCAUGGAAUUAAGAGGACUUAAAUGAAACUAAAUGACCUCAAAUAUAGCUACAAAUGAGGCAUAAUGAUGCAAUAUGUACAUAUAGCUAGCCUGUUAGCAUCGAUUAGCUUGCAGUCAUGCAGUGACCAAAUAUGUCUGAUUAGCACUCCACACAAGUCAAUAACAUCAACAAAACUCACCUUUCAUGCACAACCUUAAAAGUUUGGUGGACAAAAUGAGACAGAAAAAGAAGUGGCAUAAAACACGUCCUAGAAAGUCGGAGAAAGUUAUACAUGUAAACAAACUACGGUGAGUUCAAGGACCGCCAAAAUUAGUAGGACAAAACGGCGCUCGCCAAAUACUCGAAUCAGUGAAGCAUGUUUAAUAUAAACAGUGUGCUUGGUAACAAUUAGGGAGGUUUGUGUCAUGUUUGUCCUCCUACAGAAACCAUAUUAAAACAAAAAUGUAUUUUUUUCCCCUCAUCUUUUUCCAUUUUUCAUACAUUUUUUGAAAAAGCUCCAGAGAGCCACUAGGGCGGCGCUAAAGAGCCGCGGGUUGCCGACCCCUGGUUUAGAGUAUAAGGUUCAUUCCUAAAACUUACAAUCAAAAAGUGCUUUUUGGGAAUUUGAAUUGAAACGCCAUCUUGUAUUUAUUGAUCCCAUUUUUUUUUUUUAUGAAGUAUUAUUUUAUUAGUAGUUGGUUACCUCCAUGAUGCACUGCAGUGUUUAUGAAGCCCAGUCGCACUUUCCCUCUAUGUCCUCAACUAUGCAAAUGAUUGGGAAAUAAACAUU